AUGAUCGCGUCGCAGGCCUCAAUUGCCGAGAAGUCUGAAGUCUCGGAUCGCCCUCCUCCUAGGAACAAGCGCAAGCGUUCGAGGGGAAGGCCAGCCACGGCGGUUGUCGAGCCGGGCGUUGUUGCGGAUGACAUAAGACGCCCGCCUAUCGCGAUAGAAAAAAAAAAGUUCGAGCCCGCCGCAUUUCACAGCUCAGUCAACAAACUUCUCCAACUUCUCCGUACAUUUUCUGGCCUUGCCAACUUUACAGCAGUUCCUUCGGACACAAGAUUAGAUCACAGCAGCACCAUGGCGAAAAGUGUCCGAGCGAGCGUGUCCAAGCGCAACAGAGCCAACCUCCGCAAGAAGGUGUUUGGCCCUAUCGUCGAUGCCCGCACCGAGCGACUGUCCGCCAAGCUGCAGGAGCUUGCCGCGCAGCCUAAGCCCAAGGCCCCCGAGAAUGCCGGUAUGGAUCUAGGAUCUGAUGAGACUGCCGACCGGAAUGCCGCGAAGGCUACAGCCGCCGCUGACGAGGAGAUGGAUAUCGAUACCAAAUCCUCCAAGACCCGAUCGCAGAAAUCCGGGCGGGUGCAAAAGCAGCAGCGCAACCGAAAGCCCCGGAACUCCAUCAUGUUCCAGAAACCUGCUUCCAAGUCUACGAAGGGCUCGAAGAAGAACGCGCCUGGCGCCGCAAAGACGUCGCUGGGGGUGAGCAUCAUGGGCUUUUUCCAUUGCAGCUGGGCGACCCUGCUGGCCAAUCUCAUGGUGCCAGUGGGCAUCCUCACCUUUUCGUCCGGCUUCUUCCCCUAUAAACCGCUCCUCCCGGGCCUAGCGACGUUCGAUGAGGUCAACCAGAAUGCCACGUCUGCGGUUUUCGAUAAAGUCAUUUUUAUGGUAGUAGAUGCAUUGCGCAGUGACUUUGUUUACUCGACCGAGUCUGGGUUCUUGUUCACGCAAAGUCUAAUCCGGGCCGGUGCAGCGUUGCCGUUUACCGCCCAUGCGAGCUCUCCAACGGUCACUAUGCCGAGGUUGAAGGCAAUGACUACGGGCUCCGUUCCAUCUUUCCUCGACGUGAUCCUCAAUAUCGCCGAGUCAGACACUUCGUCCACUCUCGCAUAUCAGGACACAUGGUUGGCCCAAUUGAAAGCCCGAGGGGACCAGCUGGUCAUGUAUGGGGAUGAUACAUGGCUUAAACUCUUCCCAGGCAUGUUUGGCCGGGCCGAAGGCACAACCAGCUUUUUCGUAUCGGAUUUUGUGGAAGUGGACCGGAAUGUUACGCGUCAUGUUCCCACGGAGCUUGCGCAAAGCGACUGGUCUGCCUUGAUCAUGCAUUACCUGGGUUUGGACCAUAUUGGCCACAAGGCAGGACCCAGAAGCUCGUUCAUGAGACCCAAACAGCGAGAAAUGGAUGCAGUGGUGAACGAAGUGUAUACAGCAAUUCAGCAGGAGCCUCACCUCCAGUCUACCCUGUUCGUUCUCUGUGGUGACCAUGGCAUGAAUGAUGCCGGGAACCAUGGUGGCGCAUCGGCCGGGGAAACAUCUCCCGCGCUACUUUUUAUAUCGCCCAAAUUUGAGGCUUUGGCGUCCCCGCACGAAAGUCCCAUCGAAGCGUUUGCUGAUCUCCAGUACUAUCGCACGGUUGAACAAGCGGACAUCACACCCACAUUAGCCGGGCUCCUCGGUUUGCCGAUCCCUCUGAAUAGCUUGGGGGUCUUCAUUCCGGAGUUUCUAGAUAUGUGGGAUUCCAGGUCCGAGAGGCUUCAAUUGUUAUCUCGUAAUGCUCGUCAGCUUCUGAAUACAGUCGAGGCUACAUUCCCCAGUUUUGUGUUUGGUCAGGAAGCCAUUGCGGCAAGCUGUGCGAAUGGAGCAGACUCGGGUAUUGAAGGUGCCCAGUGUGCAUGGUCUCAAGUUCUCCAGCUUCUUUCGACCAACAUCACAACCGACGAGUCUUUCUCGACCCUUGAAUCGUCUCUGUUGCAGUUUUCACACAUCGCACAAGAUGUGAUGAGCAGCACCGCCAGUAACUACAACAUUUUCCGGCUCUGUCUGGGAUUGGCGAUAACAGGCGCUGCGGCACUUUUGGUCUUUCCCGCUACCUAUCAUGAGUGCGCACGGUCGACGCACACUGGCGCAUUCCUGACAUUCAUGAUUGUCGGCUACGGGAGCAUGAUGUUUGCAAGCAGUUACGUCGAGGAGGAGCAACAGUUCUGGUAUUGGAUCUGUUCCGGAUGGACGUUCUAUUUACACAUCCGCUCAGAAUCAUCAACAAUGGGCACUUCAAAGAUUACCCAUCCCCUCACACUCCAUGCCAGCAAGCUGGCCACGCUAGUACUUGCGGUCGCCCUGCGAGUCCUCCGUCGCUGGAACCAGACUGGCCAAAAGUUCGCAGCAGAGCCAGAUAUCGCCCGUACUUUCCUACCGGCUCACCCAGCCGUUUUCUGGGGUCUCAUAGUGCUCACAUAUGCGGAUGCUGGCUAUCAUCUUCUCCGAAACCUCCCAUCUGCUGCCGUGCUGAAGUUCGGGGGGUUGAUCCUGACAGUCUUGGCCUUCCUGUUCAAACUGAACUUUAUGGCCAACGACUCUCCUGAGCUUCUCGCAAGCUCCUUCUUAUCGAAGGUUGCAGAGAGUUGGCCAGAAAGCUUGUCGCUGAUUUUGCAGGCGAGGCUUAUCUUUGGGGGACUUGUAGUGUGUGCCCUUCUGGCUGUCGUGACGCAACACAGCCCGGACACGAGGCCCGUCUCAAGCUCGCUCCUCCAUGAGGCUCUUCAUCUGUUCCUGAUGACCCAGUCUAGAGCGGCCAACAUCCCUCUGUUCCUUUUGUUCCGCGUCGCUGCCUCGAUUUUGUCCUCAAUGAGUCUCACGGGGAUCGAAGUAACUGUCACGACCUUGAUCCUGCAGUACACAACCUUCUUUGCAUUUGGCGGCUCGAAUGCGAUCUCCUCUGUCGACCUCUCGAGUGCCUACAACGGCGUUGGCAGCUAUAGCGUGGUGAUGGUGGGAGUUUUGACAUUUGUCAGCAACUGGGCAGGCCCGAUCUGGUGGGUUUCUGCAGGCCAUUUGCUUCGACCUCAACGGGGCCCGGAGGGUCAAAACACUGCUGCGCUGCUAACAUUCCACAUCGCAACCUCUUUGGUCUCUGUCAUGGCUGCUUGUACCGCCUUGAGGACUCAUCUGUUCAUCUGGACCGUGUUCUCGCCUAAAUAUCUGUACACGAUGGCAUGGGCAACCGCCCACCACGUCGCAGUGAACCUUCUAGGCGAGGCCAACCUCUAUUCUCUUCGGUCACGAAGAUGA